CCUUGAUAGCUCAUCACAGCUAUAUAAGAUGUUGAUAAACAAACCCAUAUCCCCAAAAAGUAGUGGAACACUGGAACGUGAUGGGAAUUCGGAUCAAGGAUCAUCAUCUCUGCUUCCUCUUCUUCAUUGUUGUCCUCUCUUCCGCCAUUAUCGCUCAAUCAGAUGAUUGUGUUUAUACGGCUUACAUAAGGACGGGAUCGAUCUUCAAGGGAGGAACUGACUCGAUCAUAAGCCUAACCUUGUACGAUGCGGAAGGUAACUAUGUCGAGAUCCCGAAUCUGGAGUCCUGGGGAGGUUUAAUGGAGGAUGGUUACAAUUACUUCGAGAGGGGAAAUCUCGACAUCUUUAGCGGCAGAGCGGAGUGUUUGGAGACGCCUGUGUGCGCAAUGAACAUCACAUCUGACGGAUCGGGACCUCACCAUGGUUGGUACUGCAACUAUGUGGAGGUUACUUCGACGGGGCCUCACAUCUCCUGCGCACAACAGCUCUUCACGGUUGAGCAAUGGAUCGCGCUUGACGCUCCUCCUUAUGAGCUAACCGCUAUCCGGAAUUACUGCCCUUACGAUCUUGGCGGCCUCCGCAGUACCACCGACAAGAAUAAGAGGAAGCAUCGUCACCAGAUCCUCUCGGGGUUGACUGCUGCGUAGUUAGUUAUCUGCUCUCUUUAGCUUCAUUGCUCAUCAGCCAUUUCUUCUUUAUGGGAUUUUGAUGGAUAGAGAAACUAGAAUAAAAAUUAGUGUGCUUUAGUGGUUUGUGUUGCCUAUUUAUCAUCUUAUUUAUAAAAUAAAAAUGAGAUAUUUUCAGGCGA